ACUGCUGCUGCUACUGCUGGAGGGGAUGAAGUGCGUCAGGUCACGCUGGCCGAGUACAAGCAAGCCGCUCAGUGCUUGGCUGAAGCCUUCGCCGAUGAUGAUGUUGCACGCUACUUCACUGAAGUCCCCGACCGUGCCCACUGGACCGAGAAACAGAAAUGGGAUCUCCAUGUGAGCAUUCUGGAGUACAUCACGUACGCUCACAUCCUCAAGGGCUUGGUGUUGGCUGCAGGUCCCGAUUACGGAUGUGUUGCCCUUUGGAUGCCUCUAGGUCAGAACAUGGAUGACUAUCUGACCAUUCUGCGCAGUGGUAUGUGGAGAUUAUGGUACAAGCUCUCGGCUGAAGGACGCAACCGUUUCUUCGACGAGUUCUUUCCCCUUCUCCAUGAGACCAAGCUUGAGGUUAUGGGUGUACGCGACGAAGAGUCGUACUAUCUCGUGUACCUCGGCACGAAGCCUGCAGCCCGUGGCAAAGGCUACGCACGCAAGUGUAUCGAGUACGUGACCAGAAGCGCGGAUGCCGAGGGCAGAGCUUGCUACCUUGAGAGCAGCAACGCUACCAACCCAGCCAUCUACCGUAAAUAUGGUUUCGAGACGGUCAGAUCCAUCCAUCUCAAGCGCGCCGAAAAGGUUGUGGACCUUGAUAUCAUGGUUCGCGAGCCUCAA